UCGUACGAGCUUCUUCUCUUCUCUAUUGUCUUUCUCUCCUACUCAUUUGGAUCUCUCUCUCUCUCUCUCUCUGUGAGUUCAGAUCCUCUGGAGUGAAACGGUUUCUGCUUCUGCUGCACCUCAACUACUUGUUCUCGCUCCAAUUUUCACCAGUUUUGUGAAUUUUUGCUCUGUUUGCUGAAUUUUGAACUGUAAUUUUCGAUCUAGGGUUUCUUUAGCUUUGUAAGUAGCUCGCAAAAUUACUUGCUGUUUGAUCUGUUCCUCAGCAAGAAGGAAGAAAGAAAGAAGAACAAGAUGCAGAAAGAUCAACUCAAGAAGGAUAUUAAAGAGGUUAAAUUUUUCACCGAGUACGGGGAUGCCAACAGAUACAAAAUUCUGGAAGUUAUUGGGAAGGGUAGUUACGGAGUUGUUUGCGCAGCAAUAGACACACACACUGGGGGAAAAGUUGCAAUCAAGAAGAUUCACGAUGUUUUUGAACAUAUCUCUGACGCAAUUAGAAUCCUCAGGGAAGUCAAGUUACUAAGACUUUUAAGACACCCUGAUAUUGUUGAGAUUAAGCGGAUUAUGUUGCCGCCUUCAAAGAGGGAAUUUAAAGAUAUUUAUGUAGUAUUUGAGCUCAUGGAGUCCGAUCUCCAUCAAGUCAUCAAAGCCAAUGAUGACUUGACCCGUGAACAUCAACAGUUUUUUCUUUAUCAGAUGCUUCGUGCGUUGAAGUUUAUGCAUACAGCAAAUGUAUAUCAUAGAGACCUUAAGCCGAAGAAUAUACUGGCAAAUGCGAACUGCAAACUCAAAGUCUGUGAUUUUGGACUGGCAAGAGUUGCAUUCAAUGAUACCCCGACAACAACUUUUUGGACGGAUUAUGUUGCUACAAGAUGGUAUAGAGCCCCUGAACUAUGCGGCUCUUUCUUUUCUAAGUACACACCAGCGAUUGAUAUAUGGAGCAUUGGAUGCAUUUUCGCCGAAGUUCUUACAGGAAAACCAUUGUUUCCUGGUAAAAGUGUGGUGCAUCAAUUAGAUUUGAUUACUGAUCUUCUUGGGACACCAUCACCCGAAAUUAUUGCAGGAGUUCGAAAUGAGAAGGCAAGGAAGUACUUGAUGGAGAUGAGGAAGAAAUUUCCUGUGCCAUUUGAACGGAAAUUUCCAAAUGCAGAUCCAUCAGCACUUCGCUUAUUGCAACGGCUUUUAGCAUUCGAUCCAAAGGAGCGACCGACAGCUCAAGAGGCACUAGCUGAUCCUUUCUUCAAGGGUUUGGCAAAAGUUGAGAGGGAACCUUCUUCUCAGCCAAUUUCAAAAAUGGAAUUUGAGUUCGAGAGGAGGAGGGUGACAAAAGACGAUAUUAAAGAACUAAUAUAUCGGGAAAUACUGGAGUAUCAUCCUCAGCUGCUUAAGGAUUACAUAAAUGGAACUGAAGGCACAAACUUUCUGUACCCUAGUGCAAUAGACCAAUUCAGAAAGCAGUUUGCUUAUCUUGAAGAGAAUAAUAGUAAAUGUGGACCUGUGAUUCCUCCAGAAAGGAAGCAUGUCUCCCUUCCAAGGUCCACGGUUCUCUCAAGCACAAUUCCUCCCAGUAUGCAGCCAUCUUUUGCUCCAUAUGGAAACAAGCAAAUCGCACAACAGGCAUUCAAGAUUUCAAGAGCAAUAGAAUCCAAUUCUGUAAGCCAAUCAAAGGGUUCACGACCUCCUCCAAGAGCGCCGCCAGCCAAACCAGGUAGAGUUAUAGGGCCAGUUCACAACGACAAUGGGAGAAGCACUAAAGAUAAUUAUGACCUAAGGAUCUUCUACCAAAAUAAUAUUCCUCAAACAAUUUCUCCACACUGUUUCCAAAGGGCGCAUGCACCCCCCAGUAACGCAAAAACUACACCAGAAACAUACAAGGAUAACUCACAAGGCAAACAUCAACCCUCACCCGAACUGUGUAGCGUGCCAGCCAGACCAGCUAUCGAUCUUAAUACCAAUCCAUACUACCAGCAGGGCAAGAACGAUCUCUUAAACGAUCCUGUCACCAUUAUUGAUGCGGAAUUGAUGCGGGCACAAUCUCAAUUUGGGGCAGCUGGUGCUGCUGCAGUAGCUGUUGCUGCUCACAGGCAUUCUGCAGGCUUUCAAUAUGGAUUGUCAUAGAUUUGGAGAUUUCAAAGAGAGAUUUGCCUUAAAUACUUUGUGCCUAAGUUAGGAGGGAAGAAAGUUGAUUAAUUUUUAGAAGGGUUUAGUUUUUGUUUUCUAUUUCUGCUUUAAUGUUAUCAUCCUUGUAAUUAUGUGUACAUCAUUUAAUUGGUUAAUAAAAAAGUUGAUUGUUUCUUUCCA